AAGUUCGUUCACAAGGAUCUGCAAUGCAGCUGUGGAAAUUAGUUACAAUCUCUUGGGUAGGAGCUAAUUUAGCUAACUAGCCUGUUAGGUUUGCAUUAUUGUUAGCUGAGUUAUCAUUGGGCUAGCUAGCUAGCUAGCUUAACUACCUCUGUAUAAUGACAGCGAACGGCUCGGUCAUGUCUUCCACUUAGAUUUGUCUUUAUUAAGUGCCAGACUGUUUAGUUGGAACUAGCACUAGCUAACAUAACAGCUCCUGGUUCAUAACACCAGCUGGCUAGCGGCGCUUGCUAACUUGGCUUGCUUCGAUGUUUGGCCAUUCUAGUCGUGAAUCUGGGCUAGUUAUUGUGCGGUAAAAACAUAACAUUUACAUGAGAAAGUUCCUUUUUGCUUCAUGGUGAAAACGCGACAUUUUCUCUGUGUGUUUAAAGAGACCUACUCUUUGACACAUGAUGAGGAAAAACGUCUUAAAUAACCAGCGAUAUUCGGUUAGUUCUAAUUGUAAAUAAUAAUAAUAAUAAUAAGUCGAAUUCGGAUAAAUCUAAACGAUACCAUCUCUGAAUAACAAUACAGUUAAAAAAAUAAUAAUUAAUAACCGACUCGUUACUGUAUGAUGAGGUUAUGGCUAAGAGGACAGGAGGCACAUCGCUGUCAGGGUCUCCAUUUUUAAUGAAUUGAUUAGAUAAAUGACAAACGAGUUUAUUAUAUAAACAUAUCCAGAGCUGACCCAUGACACCAUGACUGUCAUUCGGUAGUAAUAGUAUCAUAUAAUAUGUGUACAUAUUGGUAUUAUUAUUAUUACUUAUCAUUGAUGUACACAAGUGCUAAACUGUGUAAAUUUCAGCGGUUUAACCCUUGAUAAUAAUAUUAGGUGGUGUUAAUGUGAACACUUUGUUGCUGCUAGCCUUUCUCCUGACUAACUACUCGUGCUUUGGUUAAUUAAGCAAAGCUCAUUCGUAGCUCAAAUUUGCUCAUCAUAAAAAUUUUUUAAAAAAGGUUGUGUUGGUUGUAAAAGGUAACAUUGACACAAACGGUAAAAUGAAGAAAUUAAUUUUCGUUGACUCUGGGUGUUUUGCUAAAGCCAGUAGUGUUGCAUUACAUAUGUUUGUGAUCAUUUGCCAUCAACUGGGAAACCACUUAUACUUCCGGUUAGUAAAACCCAUUAGUGUUCCAUUUGAGACGAUAUUACCCUUCUAAUAUUCAUACACUAGACGAUACAUAGUGCACAAUGUAAGUGCAUAGUGUUUAGUACGUCAUUUGGGACACAACUAUAGAUAGGUCUGUUUCCCAAAAUAUAAACAAAUUAGUCAUUUAAACCACCAUGACUCUGACCGGGAUAAAGCAGUAACAAGAUGAAUGAAUGAAUGAAUGAAUGAAUGAAUGCCAAGCCACUUUAACAACUUGUACAUUCCCAUGUUAAUCUGACCGCCUGUAUUAAAGUAAAAACCGCCCACUACCACAACAGUUUUCAGUGCUAGGUUUGUGACGUUUCUGCGACUGGAAGUUUGAUCCCGGUUGGGCCGGACUGAAAAAUGCGCCCAAAACACAAAGGGAACUGAUUAAUGAACUGCUAUACAUUAAUCAAGGGGACGCAGGAGUGGCUGCGCAAUGUGACAGGAUGCUGAACCAUCACUUCAGAAGGAACCCGGACCUGCAGGAGGAGCUGCAGAUCCAGGCAGCGGUGGCAGCCGGCGAUGUCUACACCGUGCGCAAGAUGCUGGAGCAGGGCUACUCGCCCAAGAUCAGGGACGCCAACGGUUGGACACUGUUGCAUUUCUCUGCUGCCAAGGGCAAGGAGCGAUGCGUCCGCGUCUUCCUCGAGCACGGAGCGGACCCGACAGUAAAGGACUUCAUUGGUGGUUUCACGGCGCUGCACUACGCCGCCAUGCACGGACGUGCACGCAUUGCUCGCCUCAUGCUGGAAUCGGAGCAUCGCGGUGACAUCAUUAAUGCCAAGAGCAACGACGGCUGGACGCCACUGCAUGUAGCUGCACACUAUGGACGCGACUCAUUUGUGCGCCUGCUCUUGGAGUUCCAUGCUGAUGUAGAUCCACUGAGCGACAAGGGCACUACACCACUGCAGCUGGCUAUCAUCCGAGAGCGUUCAAGUUGUGUGCGGCUGCUGCUCGACCACCACGCCAACAUCGACGUGCAGAACGGCUUCCUGCUGCGAUACGCUGUCAUCAAGGGCAACCACGCGUACUGCCGCAUGUUCCUACAGCGCGGAGCAGACACCAACCUUGGACGCGUAGAGGACGGUCAGACACCGCUUCACCUCUCGGCUCUGCGUGACGACGUGCUCUGUGCGCAGCUUCUCUACGCCUACGGAGCUGACACAAACACGCGCAAUUAUGAGGGCCAGACACCCGCCGCCGUCUCAGCGAGCAUGUCCCGCACCAGCCGACCCUGCCUCGACUUCCUGCAGGAGGUUACAUGCCAACCCAGGACUUUGCAGGACCUGUGUCGGAUAAAGAUUCGUCAGUGCAUAGGCCUUCAAAGCUUAAAGUUCUUGGAGGACUUGCCUAUCGCCAAGGUGAUGAAGGACUACUUAAAACACAAGUUUGACAAUGUCUGACAGAGGCCUGGAAAACUCCGGGCAUCAGCACAGGAACAGAUUCUCUAGCAGACUAUGCAACCUCUCAUUUUCCUUUCUGUUGUCAACCUCCAGCAGCGGAUUGUUUUCUACAACCAUGCGUGAUGUUUUUCUGCCAUUUAAUCUGGAAAUAUAGCCAAGCUAUUUGUCAUGGACACUGAACCCCAGCUUGUGUUCAUUGUUUGAUUAUUGACCCAUGAAGGGGAAAAAAAUUUCAUCAUAUUUUAUUUGAACAAUCCAGUCCUCUUAUUAGGUCGGAGUUAAUGGUGGUUUCAAAAGCUGAUGUUAUGACGAUCUUAUAUCAAUCCAAUAUCAAGGCUUUUGGCAUGUUAAGUAUAAUUAAAUUAUUUGAAUAUGGGAAUUGAUAAGGUUUUUUUUUAUUAUUCAAGCUCAUAGUUUGUAGUUUCUCAAAACAAUUUCAAAAUACUAAUUUACCUAUACAUAUUUCACAUUCACUUCUUUACAAGUUUUUUGUGAUCAGCAAAACAUUUUUAUACAUCAAUAGCAAAACAUUAACGGUAUAACUAUUUAAGAUUUUCUUAUCAUGAUGCACAGACCUACCGAUAAAUCAUCACACCCCUAGUUUCGAGUAUACAAUAGAUAAAGAAACAAUCCCUUUUUACUAACUUACUGACUUUUUUUGUGAUGAAAGAUGUGUGGAAUUCGAUUUUUCAUACAAAACCAUGUCAACUGUGCACCACCUUCCAUUCAACUAUUAACAAUUCAGCACGUUUUGAAGGUGCACUGAGUUAGUAGUCACAUUUAAAUACGAAAUAUUUGACUUGUGAAACAAGCAUUAAAACUGUGAUUUGAAAUUUUCUUCAGUUUUCCCACUUGACGUCUUGGUUUCCUCGUGUGGAACUCAUUAACAAGGAUUACACUAUGUAUAUAAUUGUGUCAUAUGUACAGCAGAUAUUUUUCUAGAAUUAUUUAAGCUAUGAACUCUUGUAUCAUAAAGUGUUAAGGAUUUUUGUUGAAUGGUUGUGUGGCUUUUUUAAAAGUCUUAAUAGUUUUUGUUUGUUUCAAAUUUAGAAUUGAAACACACUGAUAUAAAUGAAUCGGGAGCAAUUAGUGAAAUUGUGGAAAUAUAAUUAAAUUUUUCCCUCUAUCAGAAUUAUCUAUGAGUGUUUUUGGUAGUUGGCAAAUGGUGGGGGGGGGAGGCAUUUCGUCGUGCCUUCGCUUCACCUGGAUGGAAUCUUGGGUUGCUCAACAGCAUGCGCAUUUUUCUCAGGUGUGUCACGUAUUAUUAAAUUAAGUUGACUAGUUUUUGUAAGGUGCACCAGUAUAAUCUAGUACGGUAAAUAUUUUGUUCAUUUAUUACAGCUUUAGUCAGAUUAGAGUAUGCGUUGUGUCCCACCUGUAUUGAGUAGGCACAUGCCUAUAAUUGGCUAGACAAUAUUUUGCAAUAUGCAUACUGAAGACAGGUCGAAUUAUUGUAGUUUAUUCACAAGGUAGUCCGUCCAUCCAUUUGGAAGGCAGUCUCUAAGGCUGCUUAUUGAUGACACGUUUAAAGGAGCGUUGAACAUGGACGUUCCUUCAAAUUCAAGAAGGUGAUAACUAUUGUACAUCAGGAUGCAAGGUUACGCAAAGGAUGUGGAAAUUUUAAAUGAAGCGUACAUGGCUGGAGCUGGGUUUAAUUUUAUUCAGCCUCAUACUAAUAAAAUGGAAUAGAGGUUAUUGUUAUUGUUCUUUCAAUGUUGCCGGGUUGAACUGAAAUUUCCUAAAUUAAACACGUGAGCUGUUCAUCUGAGAAUAAAUACAGGAAUAAAGAAGAAUGUUUUCGAUUGGACUUUAUCUGUAUAUUCAGGUUUUUACAGUUUCAGUAAAGUCCUGACUCCAUUAAAAAAAGAAAUUUUUUUUUACCAUUUCAGCAGUGCUUUCUCUGAAAUUUUGUUUACUGUGUGUGUGCGAGUGUGUGUAUUUUGUGUUGAAGCGCUGAUGUGUUUUCAGAAAGCACUUAUUCCGGAUUCAAAUCUUCUAAACGUCUUCCACGCCUUUCACCACCACAACUACUGAAUGUACAUAAACUGCUGUUUGCCUGGCCCAACAUGAAUUGUGUGAAUAAAUGAUUAUCACAAGGUCCUUGUUGAAUUUUUAAGCAUUA